UUUAUUCAUUCAUCACCCGUAAACAACUUCUCUCCAGCGAUUGAAGGUUGUUUUGGUUGCUCUCUCUCUUUCCUCCGUUUCGAUCUUCCUCCGUCUCAUCGUUCCCGAUUCUAGGGUUUUCGCUCCGAUAACGAUUCCUUCUAUUCAAUUUGGGGCAGAGCGCUAGGGUUUUUGCGCUGCCAGAUCCGUUUUCGGAUUUCCAGUUUCUUGAUUCUGAGUCCUUUCGUCAGAAAUUCACCAUGUUUUGGCGCAUGGCUGGUUUGUCCACGGCGUCUCCGGUGGAAACCAUUUUGGAUAAGGAGAAUUUUACUUUGGAUGAACUACUUGAUGAGGAUGAAAUUAUUCAGGAAUGCAAAGCUCUUAACAGUCGCCUUAUAAAUUUUUUGUCUGGAAGAGCACAGGUGGAACAAUUGAUACGUUACAUUAUUGAAGAAGCUCCUGAGGAUGCUGAAAAGAAGCGAUCUUUUAAGUUUCCUUUUAUUGCAUGCGAGAUAUUUACCUGUGAAGUUGAUAUCAUACUCAAAACUAUUAUAGAGGAUGAGGAAUUGAUCAAUUUGUUGUUCUCCUUUUUGGAUCUAAAUCACUCCCAUAGUAACCUACUAGCUGGAUAUUUUAGCAAGGUAGUUGUAUGCCUGUUGUUACGUAAGACAGUUCCUUUCAUGCAAUAUGUUCAAGCUCACCAGGAAAUUGUGAAGAAACUAGUUGAGUUGAUUGGAAUUACAUCUAUCAUGGAGGUUUUGAUACGCUUGAUUGGUGCCGAUGAACAUAUGUAUGUAAGUCAUGUGGAUGCAAUGCAGUGGAUUGAAGAUACUAAUGUGCUUGAGAUGAUUGUGGAUAAAUUCAGUUCUUCAGAUUCUCCCGAAGUGCAUGCUAAUGCAGCAGAAACACUCUGUGCUAUUACUCGAUUUGCUCCUGCAGGGCUUUCUGCAAAAAUCUCCAGCCCAAGCUUUAUAGGAAGAUUAUUCUGUCAUGCUCUUGAAGUCUCUCGGCCAAAAUCUGUUCUCGUUAACUCUCUAUCUGUAUGCAUAUCUUUGCUAGACCCCAAGAGCCAUACUUUUGGCGCUUAUUAUACAUAUAACCGCCAAAUGACUAAUGGAUCUACUGUGGCUGCAAAUCCUGAGACUGUUGAAGGCAUGCUAGAUAGCCUAGGUGAUUUACUCAAGCUCUUAGAUGUUUCUUCUGCUGAAAAUCUCUUGCUAACUACUUUUGGCAAGUUACAACCACCUCUUGGUAAACAUCGUUUAAAGAUUGUAGAGUUCAUAUCAGUUUUAGUAACUGUUGGCGGUGAAGCUGCUGAGAGGAAAUUGAUUGAUCUUGGAGCUGUACAAAGAAUUAUUCACUUGUUCUUUGAGUACCCAUACAAUAACUUUUUGCAUCACCUCGUGGAAAACAUUAUAAUGUCUUGCUUGGAGAGUAAGAAUUCUUCUCUUCUGGAACACCUUCUCCGUGAUUGUGAUUUUGUUGGGAAAAUUAUUCAAGCAGAAAAGCUAUUCACGUUAGAAGCUGAUACAAACAAGCCAACAAUACCUGCUGAAGGUAAAUCAGCACCCAGGAUAGGAUGCAUUGGACACAUAACCCGUAUAUCUAACAAACUUAUCCAGUUAGGGAAUAACAACAGUGUGAUUCAGGAACAUUUGCAGGGAAAUAGUGACUGGACAGAUUGGUACUUGAGUGUUUUAUCAAAUCGCAAUGCUGUGGAAAAUGUCUAUCAAUGGUCGUGUGGGAGACCAACAGCGUUGCAUGACAGAAAUAGGGAUAGUGACGAGGAUGAUUAUCAAGAUCGGGACUAUGAUGUUGCUACAUUAGCAAAUAAUUUGAGUCAGGCCUUCCGUUAUGGCAUUUACAAUAAUGAAGACAUUGAAGAGGUUCAUGGCUCUCUUGAACGAGAUGAUGAGGAUGUCUAUUUUGAUGAUGAAUCUGCAGAAGUUGUUAUAUCUUCUUUGCGGUUGGGAGAUGACCAUGAAAGUGGGUCUCUAUUCACAAAUUCCAACUGGUUUGCUUUCGAGGAGGGUAGAGAUCGAGUAGGCAAUGAACGCUCAACAGGUUCCCUUGCUUCUCCAUCACCUACUGCUGAUGAGGUUUUUGUAAAAGCCAGUGGGGAUGAUGUUAUUGCUGGUGAAGAUGAGGAGUUAGCUGACACUGCAACAUCUCCAGAAGCAGGACUAAAAUUAGAACAUGGUGGGACCGAUAAACCAGUUGAGUGGGUUGAAUGGAGGGAAUCUUCAGAUGCCAAUGACCCUUCUGAUGUUCUUCCCAACGGAGUACUUGAGAUAGAACCUGGGAGCAAUAAUCCUGGUGUAGCUGAAUCAUCAUCUCCAUCAUCCAGUGUUGCAUUAACAAAGGAUGAGCAGAUAGCUACUGAUGAGCCAUCAGCAUCUCUCAAUGACUCAAGCAUUGAAACCUCUGACAGAAACAAGGACAAAACUGAGCCAACUCAAGGAGUUGAAACUCCAAGCACACGUGCAUCUGCCACUUCUGUGGAUGACCCAGUCACCGAGGUUGGAGGAGACCGUAACAAGGACACAACUGACAACAAAAAAGCUGUGGAUAGGCCUGUCACUGCGGUGGAAGGAGACAGUAACAAGGACACAACUAACAACAAAAAAACAGUGGAUGAGUCAGUCACUGUGGUUGGAGGAGACAGUAACAAGGAUACAACUGACAAUAAAAAAGCUGUGGAUGGGUCAGCCACUGAGGUUGGAGGGAACAGUAACAAGGACACAACUGACAACAAAAAAGAAGUCGAGCAUGAGUAGGAUAAUGUAAAUUAUUGUGUACUGGCUUGGGUGGCUAAUCAUGCAACAUUAAUCAGGUGGGAAGAUACAUCCUGGAAUUUGGCAGGGCAAGAGCAUUUAGGACCUCUCUGCCCACUGUAUGUUUUUUUAAUAGGGGUAUUGAAUUUUUAUUCCCACCAACUUCUGAAGCUAGAAAUUCAAUGUUUGAUGAGGCUUUAGCUCAUGCAUUAGGUGCUACUGAAUUCUUCACCUGUUCAUAUCAAUUGUUUAGCUUUUGCCCAUUUAGGUGCUACUAAAUUUUCACCCUCUUCAACUUUAACUGUUCGUAUAAAAAUACGUCUCCCCGUUCCGAGUGUGUUGGUAUGUGAAGAUGAGUUCCUUGAUUGACUUGUUCAAUUGCUCAAAAGUAACCUUGUAUGAUGAUUUUUAUAGGAAGUGGUUGAACUCAGGUUCAGGUCACGUGGGUCUUUAGCAUUGCAAAGCUCCAUGGUUGCUUAUAAGGACUUGCAUUUCAUAAAGCAUACUGAAAAGUGAGAAAAGGCCAAAAAUUGGUGGGAAGGGGAGGGACGUUUCUGUAAUUACGAGUUUUCGGAUGAACAAUAUUCGUUACAUUGUUACAUACUUUGAACCUUUGGGUUCUGAAACUUGUAUUGACUUGUUCCAGUAUAUUGUACAAGUUCCCUUCCAAAUCACCCUAGUUGGUUUUAGACUUACAUUGGAUUGCUAUGCAUUGUCAUUUUGUGGGUUUACAAGAGGGGAUUAAUGUGCUGGUAAGUAUUUCUCGAUUUUGUUUAUAUUCAAUUAUUGAUACCCAUUUGGUGACUUUUGACUGUAAGAAUGAAUAAUAAAUUCGAAAGAAAUAAAUUAUAUAUUGAGAGCA